UUUUUCGGCCGUUUAUUUUGCGAAGUGAUAAGAAAAAAUGAACGGCCUAAUUGUAUUCAAUAGUUCAAACGACGUGGUUUACCAAAACCUUAACUCGUUGCUUGCCGAAAAGAUCUGCAGCAUUGCAAUAACGCAGGGUUUACUGCCAGAUGGCAGCACAGCCCCCGCAAAUGGGUCCGACAUGGACAGCAAUAUACUAUUGCAAAUAUUUAGCCCCAUUAUAAGCUCGCAGCGCAUUAUGCAUGGUCAGUUUGACAACGCCUACGCUAGCGUGCAGUGCGACAACGGCUUCAAUAUAGUGUUUGGGGAAUUGCUUGGCUUCACAUUCUUAAAGAUUGAUCAAAUUAAGAUUGAGCAGUUGACGCGACAGCUUGGUGUGGCCAUUACACUCACACGCUAUUGUUAUGGUGCGAAUCUAUUUGGUGCGCAGGCUGGUGCCAUGCAGCAGGAGCUACUGACGCAGUGCCUCAACUGCUAUGAGACGCAGCUGUGCCAGGAUGAGCAGGCAUACUUGCUGGAGGCGCUGCCCAAAUUGCUAAUUAACACGGAACUCAAGCGUACUGUGCAUUUAACGCUCGAUGCAACGCUGGAGCAAUUGCGUCAGUCUGGUGGACAACAACGUGCGCAUGCACUGCUGCUCGUCUCCCACAAGCUGGUGGCUCUAAACAGCACUCGUCAGGCGUUGCCGUUGUCCGCUGCUGAUCUACUCUUCCUGGCCAUGCUCACGCGCGCCCUGCAGCUGGAUAAAUCCCAACGUGCUGUUGCUGUUUUUCUGCAGGGCGUUUCUCACGAUCCCAACUCGGGCUGUGUGCCCACCAUUGUGCAUAUAUCACGUCUGCACAGCCACCAGGUUCUGUUGCAGUUAAUCGAGUACGGACACAUGCCGCUGACCAGCAGCAUCUACGAUACGUUCUUUGUGCUGCAAAAGAUUGUCGCGGUGCAGCAGCAAAACGAUUCGGAUGCAUUGAAGCCAGCCUACGAGAAUCUUGAAACAUUUGUUAACCAAACUUUGGCGGCACUCAAACGCUUUUUGAAGCAAAGGCCUGAUGAGGUGGACAUCUGCAUCAAAAAGUUUUCGCUACGUUGGGAUAAUCUGCGCAGGAUGUAUUUGGAGUACUUCAAGAACUACGAACGUGAGCUGCUCGUGCGAAUUGAGUCCAAUCUGCCAGCAUUCGUUGAGGAGCUGAAGCAGCUGUUUACAAUAACGCUCGCCGUUUGCGAUAGUGCUAGCAACCAUCAGUUGGAUCAGCUGGCCGAGACAGCAUCCGUAGUGGAAGCCAAGUUACUUGAAUUUUCGGAAUUUCUAGCUGUCAAGGCAGCACGCAACAUAUCUAUUGACGCAUAUCUUGAGGACUUUCCCGGAUUGGUGCAUUUUAUGUAUUUGAAUCGCAACUCGGGACAAAUGCUGGCGCCUGAUUUGCGCUCCAGCAAUCCUCAGCUCUUGCCAAAAGCAAAUCUCUGGGAGAUGGUGGAGCUAACACGCAAAUAUUUGAAAAAGGGACAAACCACAGUCAUGUGGAAAGAUCGCACAUUCCAUUAUUCGUAUUUUCUCUGGUUUGAAGAUUUGUCGGGAGGCAUUGUGAAGUGUGCGCUCGAUCUGCAGCAGCAUUUCAUAUCCACAGGCUUUGGUUCAGGUAAUGGGCAAAAAAAUGGUGCAGCUGAGCCUGGCGCCUUAGCCAUGGAUUACUAUAGCGAUUUAGCUGAAAUCUGCUUUCCCAAACUGGCUCCAGGAAAGGUACGUGUCUACGAGCUGUAUUGCAUACAUCUGGGUCUGGUUACCGCCACUUGCGCUGUGGAGCAUGCACGUCGACUGGUGGCCACCAUCAGCGAUGUUAUCGGCGAGGAGUCAUUUUAAUCAAUAUAUAUGAAUAUCAAUAUAAAUAUUUAUAGAUGUGUCCGACAUGACAUUCCAA